AAUAAAGAAUGAGUCUUGUUUCUGCUCCAAAAAACUUGAAAACUCACCUUUUCAAUUUAAUUGAAUAGAAUAAGACUUAAGAAUUAAUCGAAUUCAUAAAAAACCAUAGGGAUUAUAUUUAGAGUCUUGUUGCUCCAAAUUAUUGGACACUUGGAAUGUAUGCAGUCAGAUAUAGCAAUCACGACCUCAUGAGAGAUCUACAUGAAAAAGAUCUCCUGCUUGAACACCCCCUCUCUCAAUACACAUUACUAUCAACUGCCUUUCUAAAUAAUGAUUUUGAGAGCUUUAAAUUAUUAUGUGACGAAUUCGGAAAAGUAUUUAGACUUGUAAUCUUUAGGACAUUAACAAACCUGUGCAUCAAUUCUAGGAUUAAACAUUCUUAUAAUAUGCUAUCAAAUACAAUUUAAAUGACUUUGUAGAAAUACUCUGCUCUAGAGGAGCCUAUUUUAUUAUCGAAAGAUCCUCCUCAUCCUUGAUUGAUUGCUAUGCCAACAACCUCAAAGUGGAACACGAUUCGACAGGAAUCAAGUUUAAAAGCUAUAGCGACAAUCGAGAUGUGGUUUAGUCCUCAAUAUUCUAAUUGAAAAGAGAUAAGCUUACUCCUACUCAUUAUUUUAGAUUCAAAAACAUCCUCUUACUAUAAUACCUAUUACAAAUCAAGUACUUGCAAACUCCUGAAGGUUACGGAGACUUUUUGUUAAACUUUAAUAGAAUACUAGAGUACACCGCCCCUAGUAACAUAUUGGAUUGA